AUGGCACCACCCACUAUGAAAGCAAUCCAAAUCCAGGAAUACAAUGCCCCGUAUCAUGUGUCCGAGGUGCCAGUUCCAAAGCCAAAGCCGCACCAGGUCUUGGUGCAAAUCAAGGCCGCUGGCUUCUGCCACACAGACCUCAUGGCGUUGAACAAUGAAUUCCAAACUCCGCUUCCAUUCAUCGGCUCUCAUGAGCCGGCUGGCAUUAUCGAAGAAGUUGGCUCCCAGGUAAAGGGUUUCCAGAAAGGUGAUCGUGUUGGUUGCAUUAAUUUUGACAGUAUUUGCGGGAAAUGCGCGGACUGUAAAGCAGGUUUGCCGAUUUAUUGCGAUGCUCCUUUGAUGAAGGGCAUCACAACGGAUGGCGCCUGGGCAGAGUAUAUGGUCGCAGACGCUCGGUUUCUCGUGAUACUACCAGACGGUAUGGAAUUCAAGGUGGCAGCGCCGUUAAUGUGUGCCGGAAUUGGCGGUCUUGGUCAUAUUGGCACUCAAGUUGCCAAAUGUAUGGGUUAUUCUGUCGCUGCAAUCGACGUCAAGCAGUCAGCAUUAGAUGCAGUCGCUUCCUACAAGCACAGUCCCGACGCGUUGAUCCUGGCAACUGAUCCAGUUGAGAAAAGUCUGGAGAAGAUUGACAGCAUCGGUUCAUAUGACCCUAACUAUAGGGGACUCGAUGCGAUCAUCCUUGCAACAGAUCAUCCUGACGCUUUUGAGCUUGCAGCUGCUCUCACGAGAAAACACGGAACUAUGGUGCUUCUGGGUCAGCCUGAGAAAGGAAUUACAAUGUCUUAUAACACUGUAAUCUACAAAGAUAUCAAGUUGAUUGGAUCUCUGGUUUCUGAUACGGCUGAGGCUCAGGAGCUAGUGAAGAUAUUCCACGAGAAUAAUCUACAUGUUCAAGUCAAGGAGUGGAAGAUGGAGGAAGCUGAAGCAAUGCGACAGGAAUAUCUCUCUGGUAAGAGCAAUGGUAAGAACGUGGUUGUUUUGGACUAG